ACACCAACGAACCAACUCCUCCGGCCAGGAGGAAACAAAGCCUCGGCUCCAAGCCUCUCCAACCACACCCCCCACGUCGCGUCCGUUCUUAUAUACGCAGCAGCCCCCUGCCCCGCCGGCGGCGAGAGAGAGAGAGAGAGAGAGAGAGAGGGACAUGUUCUUCUAGAUCGAUCGGGCGCGGCUGGCGAACGACGCAAUGGCGGCGCCGAGCGGCGGCGCGGGAGGAGUGGAUGGCGGCGGCGGCCCGGCGGGGUCGGGUUCUGGAGGAGGCGAAGGCAACGGGAGGGUGAAGGGGUCGUGGACGCCCGAGGAGGACGACCUGCUGCGGCGCGCCGUGGCGCGGCACGGCCCGCGGAACUGGAGCCUGAUCAGCGCGGAGAUCCCGGGGCGGUCGGGCAAGUCGUGCCGGCUGCGGUGGUGCAACCAGCUCAGCCCCGGCGUGGAGCGCCGCCCCUUCACGCCCGAGGAGGACGCGAUCAUCGUCGCCGCGCACGCGCAGCUCGGCAACAAGUGGGCGACCAUCGCGAGGAUGCUGCACGGACGCACCGACAACUCCGUCAAGAACCACUGGAACUCCACGCUGCGCCGCCAGCGGAGGGCCGCCGCCGCAGCCGCCAACGCCGGGUGCGCCGCGUUGCCGCUUUGCCCGCUCGCGGCGGCUGCAACGGCCGCCUCGGGCCCUCCCCUCGCGCUCCGGCAUCUGCUGCUGGAUCCCAAGGAGUCGUCGCCAUCGCCGGCAUCCGCCGUCCCGUUCCAGCCCCUGGAUCUCAAGCGGGGGGACGACGGCGGCGACGACGAGGAAGACGAGGAGGAGGACGACGAGGACGGCAGCAGCGAGGACUCCGUGCUGAUGCCACCGCCCAAGAAGCGGCCUUGCAUCGGCGUCGGCCCCGGCCAAUCGCAUCCUUCUCUCUGUGCGGCGAAGAAGCCGGAGCACACGAAGCCUCUUCCGCCACCGACACCGGCCGCGCCGGCCGAACCGGUGACGUCGCUCACCCUCAGCCUGCCGGGCGUCGGCGGCGGCAGCGGGGCCGUCCCCGAGGCCCCGGCACCGCAGGGCGCCGUGUCGGCUGCGGCGACGAGCUUGGACGGGGUUGCCAAGAUGCGGGCGAAGCUGGAGCAGGAGUGGCCGUGGCUGCAGCCCGUGAUUCGGCAGAUGAUCUGCGAGGAGGUGCAGCGGCACCUGCAGGGGGCGUACGUGCCCUGCUCGCUCGUCGCGUCGCCGGCCGCCGGCGGGGCCGACGGCCGCGCAGCUGCCAGCAGCCAGGACUGAUUGACAUGAUCAUGAUCGGUGUGCGCCUUCAGACGAACCGACGGACGUACGGGACGCGAUCGAUCGGCCGAGCGAGUUUCGCCAUCAUCUAACUCCUUGCUGUUUCUUCGUUCAUCGCAUGAACAUGUCCAUGGUCAUCGUGCAUUUGAUAGGAUUUUAGGAUAGUUCAUGGAUCAAUUUUACUUACUCUAGCUAGCUAGCAGCGGUAAUCUAAGCAAGUUACAGACGACUGUAACCAUUUUCGAUAGAUUAAAACUUCCAUAUAUUUUCUU